UAAUGAGGUCAGUCAUAGUGUUAAUGGAGGUGUGUCUGUAGGAGAUGCUAAACGUAAUGAGGCUGCUCAGCUCAUCUGUGUCUCCUGCUCUAGGUCACUGGCCCCUCCGGCUGGUGGGGGGUGAAGGCAGGUGUUCUGGGAGGCUGGAGGUGUUCCACGGGGACUCCUGGCGGAAGGUGUGUGGAGACUCCUGGGACGCGAUGGACGUCCAGGUAGUGUGCAGACAGCUGGGCUGUGAGUCAGCAGGAAAGGCUCAUACUAAUGCUACAUUUGGGACGGGGAAGGACGACCCCUGGGUGACUGAGGUGAACUGCAGGGGCACUGAGAUGCACCUGUGGGACUGCCCACACCAGCACAGCCGCUGCCCACACCAGAACCAGGCUGGGGUCACCUGCACAGUUCCUUUAUCUGAGUCCAGCUCCACUGCAGGUACUCCUGCAAUGACUACACAACCAAAAUCACAGCCAGUUGUGUUCAAACAGCCAGUGCCCGGAUCAAAGGAGGCUCCGCCCAGCCCGUCUAUCCCAGCAGUGGCCUUCCUGGUGAUGGGGGCGCUGUUGUUCCUGCUGCUGGCAGUGCUGGGUGUUCUGCUGUUCCAGAACAGAGCGCUGAAGAGAGCCCUGUCUGAAUGGGACCACGCCCCUCUGCACGAAGCCGUCUACGAGGAGAUCGAGUACAAACUAGCUAGAGGAGGAACCUACAGCGCCCCCCGGUGGGGGAGUGGCCUAUCAGAGGAUCCGCCCUCUGGGUAUGAAGACGUGGAGGACGGCGAGGGACACUCCCUCUCAGGGGACCUGGUGAUGAAGGACACACCGGAGAACUAUGAUGAUGUCAUCCCAGUGGAUAAGCAUCGAAACAGUGUGGCAGGGGAGCUGGUGGAGGGAGAUGCACCAGAGCACUAUGAUGAUGUCAUCACUAUGCAGCCGGGCCCAGACACUUUUCCAGGGGAUCAUGUGACAGACACAGAGGAGAAUUAUGAUGAUGUCCUGGCUCUGGACUGGAUUCAAGUGGGGGAGAGUGUUCUGGCUGAAACCCCUCCAGCUCCCAGUGGGAUGGACUAUGAUGAUGUAGGGGAGUAGCCUCCUGAAAGAGGAGGAGCACUGUGAGAUUGACAGUUUUAACUUUGGAAGUGUCCACCCACAAGUUUGGAUAGAAGAACUUACAUGGACUCCUUUAUCCUACACAUCUCAAGCAAAAUGUUUUAAUGUCAUAAAACCAUAUCCCACUAGAUCAGUUAUUCAUGAAUUUAUAAUUCACCCAAAAUUAUUUACUGUGGACUCCUUAGCACAUUCAUAAAUUAGGACACUGGAAAUGCUGGUACUUGUAUACAUUGAGAACAAUAGCUUGCAUUCACUGACACAAUGAGACAGUUACUUUUUCUGACCAAGAUGAUGAUGUACAGCUCAAACUACAUCAAGUCAGUACUGGCCACUUCAAUAUGAAAUGAAUGCAUCAACAUUUUGGAAUGUAAAAAUGAAAACUGUGCUUUAGCCUGUGUAAGCUUUUGCUUUAGAUUUGUUUGUAUUUACAUCAAACCAUUUCAGUUUUGGCUGCUGUGUUCAUCAUGUGCAGGUCAGAGCUGUCCAUGUUGGCUCUCUGAUUGACACAUGGAAGGGUAGCCAGACAGCACUUAUCCAGCAUCCCAACAUGCUCAUUUGCAAGAUCACAUUUUUAAAUAUGCUUUUAUUGCACAUAGCUGAUGAGUUUGUUCAUCUUUCCAUCUGAGCAGAAGAUGAACAAGGCAGUAAGUCUCCGCUGGCUGCUUUGUUACUAUUCAAAACUAUUUCAGUACUACUUAUUUCAUACUGCUUUCAUUAUUUCUCAAAUUAGUUUAAUUUUUUUUAACAAAAAAUAUUUUUUUAACUACUUUUAUAUAUAUAUAUAUAUUGAUGCUAGAUCUUGGAGAAUUAUACUGCUUUUCAUAGACAAGAUUUUAUAAAAAUGAAAUAUUAUAUUUUGCUAAAAUGCUCACAAUGUAUUUCUUAGCCUUCUUAAGCAAUACCUGUAUUUUUAACAGCUGUGUGUCAAUAAGAUAUUUUUUAAUAAAGCUGAAAGACUGAUUGAA